AUGGCGCCAGGUCCGAGGCUGGUGCUCUCCGAGGAUAUGGUCCGGGAGCGCAGCGGCCUUGGUCCCCACCGUGACCUGGCUGAGCUUCGAUCAUUAUCUGUUCCUGGAACUUAUCAAGAGAAGAUUACUCACCUCGGGAACUCCCUGAUGCGUCUGACAGGUCUGAAGUCCUUAGAUCUCUCUCGCAACUCACUGGUCAGUCUCGAGGGCAUUCAAUACCUGAGUUCCCUGGAGAGUCUUAAUCUCUACUACAACUGUAUUCCCUCGUUAGCAGAGGUCUUUCGGCUCCACUCCUUAACUGAACUCCAGGAAGUGGACUUCCGGCUGAACCCUGUCGUGAAGAAUGAGUCUGACUACCGCCUAUUUGUCGUGCACAUGCUCCCCAAGCUUCGACAGCUGGAUGAUCGUCCCGUGAGAGAAAGUGAACGGAAGGCUUCCCAGCUGUAUUUUGCUUCAGAGGACUCUCUGGACUCAAAGGAGAUUUUCGAGGCCACUUUGACAGCUGGAAGACCACGCCACUCCAGAGGCUGGUGCACUGAUGCCUCAGCCAAGAAGUGCUUGGUUAUGGAUGCAGAUGACGAGGCCGUCCUGAAUCUAAUUGCCGAGUGUGAAUGGGACCUAAGCAAUCCUCCUGGGAGCACAAGCUCCAGCCAGAAGGAGCAUGAGGCUGACCUGCAACGCCCCCAAGGUGUGCUGCUCAGUGUG